GGCCAUUAUUUAUAUUUUAUACAUAAAAUGCAUUGUUUUUGGCAUUCUUUUUACUCUUUUAAAUUUAUUAUCUUAUUUUCCUUGACACAAGUCUUCUAGAUAUUUCAUAUUGUCAAAAGAUUGUGGAAGAUGCCAAGCUUAGAUUGCCCGAGGAUAUAAGCAAGAGGACAAUUGGGCGGCCAAAUGGUUUGUAAAUUGACCCAACCAAUUUAAAGAAGUGUUGAUCCAAAUCACCAAAUGAUAUCAAGUCCAGCAGCUGCCCACGUCUCAAAACAUCAACGGAAGAAGUGCAUCGCACAAGAGAGUCUUCUUCUCCAAUCCAAACACUGCAAUUUCAAAUAUAAAAGGUAUCCAAAGCCACAAGAAGGGGGAUAUACGGAGACGGAUAGAGACGAGAGAUCAGAGAUUGGGAACAGAGGAACCGACCUAGGGUUUCGACCCUAGGUCCGGCCGGCAGUUCGACGACGACGACUAGGCGGAUGUCCAGCGAUGGUGGCGAUGCCAAGGAUGGCGCGAGAUUGCACUUCGGCCAUGGAAUCCGGUGGUCUCUAUUCUGGCAGCGAACGGAUGAAGGAACAAUACUCAGGGGAGCAAUUUUCUCCUUUUUUAUUUCAUUCUUUAAUUAAGACUUUCCAAUUUA